AUGGAGUCCGAAACAGAACAAGUCCAGUUCCAGCAAUGCCAAGCGAAUUCGCCGCAAGUCAGAAACAAGAUGCAUCAAAGAAGAUCGGCCAAUUACAGGCCUAACAUUUGGAAGUACGAUUUCCUUCGGUCGCUUGACAACAAAUACGACUUCAAAGAGGGAAUCAAAGAACGGGUAAAACGGCUUGCGGAGGAAGUAAAACCAAUAUUAUCGGAAUCAGUCAAUUCAGUCUCCAAGUUGAAGUUGAUUGACAGCAUGAGAAAGUUGGGGUUGUCCAACCUUUUUGACACUGAGAUGAAAGAAGCCCUUCAAACAUUUGCAUCCACCAACAAUGGCGUUUUUAACAUGGAAGAUCAUCUCUAUGCCAGGGCACUUCGGUUUAGACUCCUAAGACAACAUGGCCAUGUCGUUUCACAAGAUGAAUUAAGGAGCUUCAAAGAAGGAAGGAACACAUUGAACAGAAGCAACUGCGAAGAUGUUGAAGCUAUGAUAGAGCUUCUUGAGGCCUCACAUCUGGCUUUGGAAGGCGAAAACAUUUUGGAUGAAGCGAAAGCCUUCUCAACUGGGAUUCUCCGCGAGAUAGCCUCUGGUUUGGACGGUCGGCUCUCCGAACGCGCCAUCCAUGCUAUGAAGCUUCCGAUGCACUGGAGGGUCCAGUGGUUUGACAUCAAAUGGCAAAUCGACUUAUAUGAGCAACAUGAGGACAAGCAAAGUAAUCUGCUGGAGCUUGCCAAGCUCAAUUUCAAUACGGUCCAAGCCACAUACCGGAAAGAUCUUGUAGAGAUAUCCAGGUGGUGGAGGGAUCUGGGACUUAUGGAACAUGUGGACUUCACAAGGGACCGACCGGUCGAGAGUUUCUUGUACGUCCUAGGAGUCUCUCAGGAGCCACAGCUCAGCACUCUCCGAAAAUCUGUCACCAAAAUUGUCAUCUUGAUACUCGUGAUUGACGAUGUGUACGACCUUUAUGGUUCGUUGGAGGAAUUAGAAUGCUUCACCGGUGCCAUUACCAGGUGGGACUCGGAGCCGAUUCAACAGCUUCCCGAGUGCAUGAAGGUCUGUUUCCGAGCGCUUCGCGAUGUUACAUACGAGAUCGCACAUGAUAUUGGCAAGGAUGAAGAUUGGCAUCGAGUGCUACCACAUCUCACGAAAGCCUGGGCUGAUUUUUGCAAAGCACUACUUACCGAAGCAAAGUGGGACCAUUCGGGCUACACGCCAUCUUUGGAAGAGUACUUGAGCAAUGCAUGGACAUCAUCUUCAGGACCACUGCUCUUGUCUCAUGCUUACUUCUUUGUGGGACAGAUGAAAUUGGAGGAUGUAGCAGAUUUACUGGAGAGAAACAAGGAUCUCAUUUACAAUGUGUCCAUGAUAAUUCGACUCUGCAACGACUUAAGAACAUCAAAGGCUGAAAUAGACAGAGGAGAUGCUCCAUCAUCAGUGGUGUGUUACAUGCGAGAAGCGAGCGUAUCAGAAGAUGUCGCUCAGGAGCAUAUCAAGGGAUUGAUUAACCAAGCAUGGAAAAGCAUUAAUGCCCAAUUCUUUGGCAAUGCCGAGACGCCGUUUCUCCAACCCUUCAUCGAUGUCACUGUAAACACUGCUCGUGCUGCACAUAUGAUUUACCAAUUUGGAGAUGGGUUCGGCGUCCAAGACGGCCACAUAGAGCGGCAAAUUCUAUCUACGGUGAUCGAGCCUCUCGCGCUCGACUGA